GGGAAACUAAAGAAAACGGAGAAAAACAAAAUACAAACCGGAAUGAAAACAAAACGCUGGGAAACCCUGAAAAUGAAAGUUGCUGUCGUUCUUUGUCUCAUAGAUGUACGUGUUCGACCGCGAGAACUUCCAGGGCCGCAUGAUCGAGAUCACGAACGAGUGCAUGAACGUGUGCGAGAUGGGCAUGGACAGAGUGCGCUCCCUGCGCGUCGAAUGUGGCCCUUUCGUUGGUUUCGAGCAGAUGAACUUCUGUGGUGAGAUGUACGUCCUGGAGAAGGGCGAGUACCCUCGCUGGGACUGCUGGAGCAACUGCCAGAGGAACGAUUACCUCCUGUCCUUCAGACCGGUCCGCAUGGACCCAGAGAAGCAUAAGAUCUGCCUGCACGAGGUUGGCGAGUUUAAGGGCCGAAAAAUGGAGAUCAUGGACGAUGACAUGCCCAGCCUGUACGCCUACGGGUUUACUGACCGAGUUGGCAGCAUCGUUGUCAGCUGUGGCACAUGGGUGGGCUACCAGUACCCGGGCUACCGUGGGAGCCAGUACCUGCUGGAGAAGGGUGACUACAGGCACUUUAACGAAUACGGCGCCCGCUGGCCUCGGAUGCAGUCCGUGAGGCGUAUCCGUGACAUGCAGUGGCACCCGGAGGGAUGUUACACCGUGACCGGCAAGUGACGUUUCUGGAGGAUGGGAAAGAGAAAGACCAGGGGGAAGAGAAAGAGAGGAAGAGAGGAAAGAGACGGAGAAGCGAAGACGCCAAAACAGAAGUAGAAAAUUGUGUGUAAUAAAGUGAGAGGAAUUUAAAA